ACCACUCUCUCUGUAUCCUCCGACGUCCACUGAAGAUGGCGUUGCCUCUGAUCUCAUCUCAGACCUCGUCGUCAUCUCUUUCUUCUUCGUCUCUUUUCCAUGGUUCUCUGGAUGGGUUCUCCCUGAAGCACUUCAACUCGAAGCCUCGAAAUCGCUAUUUAAGUUACAGACAAACAAAUUCGAGUUCAGGUUGCAGAGCUUCAUGGCAAGAGCUCGCUGGAGUUCUCAUAUUCUCUGCGAUUCCUUUCACCGCCGUGAAAGCUAUCGCCAACAGUUCGGUCGGAGUUGCGCUUCAGAGGCGAAUGCUGGAGACGAAGGAGGUUGCUGUUAAGAACUCUUCCAAGUUCAAGGCUUUAGCGGAGAAAGCCAGAAAAGAUAGUUUUUGGUAUGGAGAAGAGCGUCCCCGCUGGCUGGGUCCAAUCAAGUAUGAUUAUCCAGCACAUCUCACUGGAGAACUACCUGGUGACUAUGGUUUUGAUGUUGCUGGCCUGAGCAAGGAUCCGGUCGCUUUUCAGAAAUACUUCAACUUUGAAAUAUUGCAUGCUCGAUGGGCAAUGCUUGCCUCCCUUGGCGCCUUGAUUCCAGAGUUGUUGGACCAAUCAGGUGCUGUUCACUUUGUUGAACCUGUAUGGUGGCGAGUUGGGUAUGCAAAACUUAAGGGAGAUACUCUUGACUACCUUGGAAUCCCGGGGCUUCACAUAGCAGGAAGCCAAGGAGUGAUUGUGAUAGCUGUAUGCCAAGCCCUUCUGAUGGUGGGGCCUGAAUAUGCAAGAUAUUGCGGUAUCGAGGCUUUAGAGCCUCUGGGAAUCUACUUGCCAGGGGACAUAAAUUAUCCUGGGGGUGCGCUUUUUGAUCCCCUGGGCCUCUCGAAAGACCCAGUUGCCUUCGAGGAGCUGAAGGUGAAAGAGAUUAAAAAUGGACGCUUGGCCAUGGUUGCCUGGUUAGGCUUCUACCUGCAAGCAGCUCUAACUGGUAAAGGUCCUGUUCAAAAUCUUCUUGAACACAUCUCAGAUCCUCUCCACAACAAUCUAAUAUCCCUUCUCAAGUCCAUGUAAAAAUAUCAAUUCAUCUAUUGGUUUACACGAACAUACUAAG